UAUCGCGAAAAAAAUAUAUUCGCCAUGUUGAUACUCAAUUUCUCGAUGGAUAGUGCAAUUAUCCUGGCUUUGGGUGCUGGCGGUAUCUUGUGGGCCAUGACACUUCUGACGCAGAAAAGAAAACAAAGUCAUAAAGAAACUCUGUCCGAUGCCGAAAAGCCUUUUGAAACACCUCUACCCCCGCCAGUAAAAGACUUCAAAGUCGACGAGACAGACCCGCAUCUGUACCGACCAUUUCGCCAUGGAAAAAACCACAUCACCAUGGGAAUCCGCAAGCUGGAUUUCACCAACUGGAUCGAGCUCGAUUCGAACUAUAUGCGCUAUCAUGACAUGAAAGUCAAACAGUUGAGCGGUCAUCUAACUGAGCACGUCAAAUACGUGGACAAUGCGGUGACUCGCGAUGCCUGUUUUGAAGUUCUCGAGGAACUUGCGCGUUAUCUCACGCAUCGCUACCCGGACAUAUUCCAACUCGACGGGGACUGUCUAUCGAAUUCUGCUACCGGCGAAAAGUUUUGUUAUCCAGCAGCGAAUCCGACCGAAGCGCUUGCUACUGCGGCCAAGUUGGUUCAAGAUGAUCUCGUCCUCAUGGUCAAGAACGAUGAUGAUGGGCAGUAUCAUCUAGACGCUGGGGCAGUCUGUCUCCCUGGAUUCUGGCGCCUCAAGGAAAAGCUCAGGAUGUCUCUGGAUACUUUGCACAUUGAAGCCGGGGUACCGCAUUACCAAGCCAAGUUACAAAAGUCGAUGAACCGCUUCUUCAACGUCAUGACACCGGAUAAGCCCGUGACGAGGAACAAUUUCUUUAUCCAAUUAGACGACGGCCUCAACUGGUCGCACCGAAUGGGGGAAGAGUACGGCGACAAGGAAGCGUCGUGGGCUAGCGCAAACGACGAAGGUCUCACAGUGGAAGACAUUUACUUCAGGUCCGAGAGGCAGACGCUACGGCGACUUCCUCGUUCGGCAGCCUUGAUGUUCACGAUUCGCACGUAUUUUGAGCCCAUGACGGUGAUUGCCAAAGAGCCACAUGUUCCUGGACGGCUUGCAGAGGCGAUCAGGGCAAUGGAUGAGACGGUUUCGGCUUAUAAAGGAAGACGGCACUGGGAUCACUUGCUUCUGCCCUUUUUGGAUGAGCAGCAUCAAAAGCAGGUGGAGAGUGGAAUUUUGGAGAAGCAGGCCGAGGGGGAGUUCCCUUACUAA